CAAAAUGACUGUGGGCUAUCCAGGCUACUAACAAUAUAUGGCGGGGGCUAGCCUAUUCCAUUAUACCCACUUGACUGAAAGAUCUGUUGAAGCGCAUCAGAACAAGGCGCUGAAAGCGUUCAUCGCCAAGACGGUUGCGUUUUGGGAUUGCUAUCUUCUACAAGAGGCUGGGAUGGAGGAGGAGGCCCAGUGCUUCCUAAAGAGAUUUGUGGAGGAAUUCCCUGCUGCUCUGAAGGAAGACAGUCCACUGUCAGUCAGCUCCCUGAGUCGUAAUGUCUCACUGGAAGAACUGCAUGGAGAAAGCCUGGAGCUGGCCCAGAGGCUGCUGGCUGCUCGGGGUGUUCCCUCAGGCCUUGAUGUCCUUCUGUGCCAAGCAGCAAUUGCCCAGCUUCUGAAAGAUGACCUUUCACAGUUUCAGUGUCCCCUGGAAGCUCAAGCAAGCCUGGAAGAGGAGGAAAAAGUUGUCUUACUUGAAUCUGAAGCAGUCCAACGGCUCUUCUUGAACAAGCUGAUAAGUAUAGCGCUCAGUUGGAAUCAGCAGCUCCCCAAGUACUUCCCUUCUUCUUCUCACAGCUUUCAGUGUUCUGUUCAUGCCAUCAAGAACACAAGGAGGAAGAUGGAAGACAAACAUGUGGCGCUUGCUGAAUUUAACCGGCUCUUCGGUAUCCAGGAUGGUGUGGAGCGUGCCUACUAUGCCGUGUUUGAUGGACAUGGAGGGGUGGAUGCGGCUACUUAUGCUGCCACUCACCUCCAUGUUGCUCUGAGCAAACAGGAAACUCUACAGAGUGAUGCUGGCAUGGCUUUUAAAAGUGCCUUCAAGCACACAGAUGAUAUGUUCAGACAUAAAGCCAAGAGAGAGCGUCUGCGAAGUGGGAGCACAGGAGUGGCCGUGCUGAUACACGGUCAGCAGUUGACUGUGGCUUGGCUAGGAGACUCUCAAGCAAUGUUGGUCAGAAAGGGACAAGUUGUUACACUCAUGGACCCCCACAAACCAGAGAGAGAGGAUGAGAAACAGAGAAUAGAAGAUCUUGGGGGUUGUAUCACUUUUAUGGGUUGCUGGCGUGUAAAUGGCACCUAUGCUGUCUCCAGAGCUAUUGGUGACUUUGAUCAGAAGCCUUAUGUGUCCGGGGACGCUGAUUCCACAACCAUACAGCUUUUUGGAGAUGAGGACUAUGUGCUGCUGGCAUGUGAUGGUUUUUUUGAUGCCGUUAAACCUUCCGAAGUCCCAGAUCUGGUCGUUCAUGCCCUCCAGGAGACAGGCAACCCCGAAGGUGGAGGAGAUCUUCCACCAGAACAUGAAAAAUAUGGUGUGGGACACAGAGUUGCAGAGAAGUUGGUAGGCCACGCCAAGGCAGCAGGGUCCAGUGAUAACAUCACAGUAAUGGUAGUUUUCCUGUGUCCGUCUGGGCAGCUGCUGGCUGGAACUGAACAAGUGGCUCCACCUGUGAGCCAGGGUCCUAUCUGACAGACUUCAUCCUGUCUUGGACUGAGAUGAUAGCACCCACAUAAAAGUGAAUAAGGACAAAACAAAUUCAGCGCUACUCGGGACACAAAAUACACAGCUCCUAAUUAUGCUAGAUUGGUGUUUGGCUAAAUAACCUACUUGGAAAAUAAAUCAUGGAAAUAUAGUGUUACACAAGUGUUCUCUACCAUUAAUGUGACAUUUAUCCUGUACAAUUCAAAAGAAACAUCAGGGGGAUGACAAAUGUAAAAUAUAAAAAGGUGCAAGCACGUGGUUGAAUAAGUGUGCACAGUCCUAAUCUAAAUCUUUUUGUACACCUUUUGAUCCAGUUUGAAAUGGGGCGAUAACCUAACAACGCUCACACACCUGAUGAACCUGAUCCAAAGUUAAUUUGCCCUAGUAGGAGAUUCCUAACAAUUGCUUAUUUGUGUCAUUUAGCUAAGACUACCUAAGAGAUGAUGCAUAUUUUCUUGGUUUUUGUGGGUUGUGUUCUGGUAGUGCAGCAGUCUCCUUCAAUUCAAUUCAAUUUUAUUUCUAUAGCGCCAAUUCAUGAAACAUGUCAUCUCAAGGCACUUUACAAACUCAAAUUCAAUCAGAUAAUACAGAUUGGGUCAGAUUAUACAGAUUGGUCAAAAUUUCCUAUACAAGGGAAUCCAGUUGAUUGCAUGAAAGUCCUGACAAGCAGCAUUCACUCCUGGAGAAGCGUAGAGCCACAGGGAGAGUCGUCUGCAUUGUCCAUGGCUUUGCAGC